AGUGUGCAACGCGUGCUGCCGGUUUCACUGCGCUCGUGUUUAUUCUGUGUGUUGUGUGGGUUGUUACGGAACGCCAGUCAUCGUGACAACGUAGUGUCGUACAAACAGUUGCGGCAUGCGUCAUUUCGAGCUCAGUGACUGCUAAAACGUGUGCGACUGUGCUGCUUUCAGGCUGAGAGACGUUCAAGUCCACUUCGCACAAAACACCAGCCUGAGGCGGCUUGUUAGUUUAGCGCACGUGUUGUCCAAAGCGUGGACCCGUUUGCGUGCGCGCGAAAUGAACAGGAAGACGGAAUCUGCGAUUGCAGUGUACAGAAAACGAAAGGAUACGAAAGAAAACAAGAAAUCCGCCAAAAUCCCCAAUGCCCGUUCUCCCGGUACACCUGGGAAAGUCGCAGACAAGAAGCGCCAACGCCACAAAAGAAAGUGCUCGACUACUCCCCAGCAAAACGGCAAGAUGAGAAAGCAAGAGCAGUGCGCUGUUUAUGAGAGCGUGAACGGGUCCACAUCUAGCGAUGACUCGGAAGCAGCAAAGCCGAUCGUCUCGGGAGGCAGUGAACUUGCCGCUGAACGUUGUUUCGACUGGCUCAUUCAACCAGUUGAAAGGGACCGCUUCUUCAGAGAGCUGUGGGAGAAGAAGCCCAUGCUGGUCAGGCGCCACCAGCGCGACUUCUAUCAGGGCCUGAUGAGCUGCGACCAGCUGGACCGGAUACUCCGCGAGCGGAGUCUCUUCUUCACGGAGAACAUCGACCUGACCACCUACGAGGGGGGCAGGCGAGAGACGCACAACCCGGAGGGACGCGCCCACGCCGCAGUCGUGUGGGACGCCUUUCAGAAGGGCUGCUCGGUGCGCCUGCUCAACCCGCAGACGUACAGCCGUGCAGUGUGGCGCCUCUGCUCCGUGCUGCAAGAGUUCUUUGGCAGCUUUGUGGGGGCCAACAUGUACCUGACCCCAGCUGGAUCCCAAGGGUUUGCUCCACACUACGAUGACAUUGAGGCAUUCGUUGUUCAACUGGAAGGCCGAAAGUGCUGGCGCCUUUACGCUCCAAUGGACCCCUCGGAAGAGCUCCCACGAUUCUCAAGUGUAAAUUUUAGUUCUGAAGAAGUGGGGGACCCAAUCUUGGAGGCAGUCUUGGAGCCAGGAGACUUGCUUUAUUUUCCUCGAGGCAUCAUACACCAGGCGUACACCCCCGACGACACCCACUCCCUGCACCUAACCCUCUCUACGUACCAACGAAACACAUGGGGUGAUCUUUUUGAAAAGAUGAUCCCCCAAGCGGUGAAGCUGGCGAUGGAAGAAGACGUCGAGUACAGGAAGUCACUGCCAAGAGGCUACCUCAACUACAUGGGCGUGGUCAAUUCAGACGUGCCAAGCAAAGCACGCGAAGCCUUCCUGGACAAAGUGCGUCACCUGGUGGAGAAGUUGGUAAACUAUUGCCCAGUCGAUGCAGCCGUCGAUCAGAACGGCAAAGCUCGCCUUCAUGAAGCCCUUCCCCCACUCCUUUCACAAGAGGAGCGGCGACGCAGUGUUCACAGCGGUGAACGCUGGCAUCGAGGCCAAGUCAUGCACGUGCAGGAGCUGGAUCCAGAUGCACAAGUGCGUCUAGCUCGCAGGAAUGCGGUCAGGAUGGUCGUAGAAGAGGAGGAGGUGCGCCUGUACCACUCGUUCGACAACAGCCGGCGAUACAAGGGGCGUGACCCGCAGUGGAUUGUCUUGGGUGACGACCAAGCGCCGGCCGUAGAGGCGCUCGUGCUCGCUUACCCCGGCUACGUCAAGGUCGACGACCUCCCGCUGGACAACCCCGUCGACCGGCUCGAACUGGCCAGCCUCCUCUACGACAAAGGGAUUCUCGUAACCAAGCAGCCGCUUGAAAUCGCAGACGACUAGGCUCGUCGUAGUGGCUUUGUGUGGGGAAUCGUGCGCUGCGCAGCCCAAGGCAGCUGGCAGAUUGGUGCCUGCAUGUAUGCAGCCCUUUGCAAUCAUAAGUGCCGACUUCAGUUUCGGCCAGCUCUCCUGCAGGGACAUUUUGCCUGGGGGAAAUGGGAUGCUUUGACGGUAGUGUGUCUGUACUAUCUUUACACCUCGAUGUUGGUCAGAUGAAGUGACAGAGAUUGCCUGUUGAACGUGUGGCAUUUAGUCGUGCUGAAAUCAUCGUACUGUCGCCUGAGGUAAUCAUGACAUUCUAUUGCAAAUAAAGCCAUUCGGUACAUCACUGUCGACAGUUG